ACUCUUAUCGGAGUAUUUUAAUGAAAUAUCAUCGUGGUAAAAUGAUUUUAUUUGUUGUUAGCUUCUGUUGCUGUCAACUUCGAAGCCAAUAACAAUGAAAAUGUUAUGGUCCAUUUUUGGACUGUUCAUACUCGGCGUAGCUCAGGAAGGGGAAUCGAGAAGAUAUAAUUUCAAAUCAGGGGAAGAUGCCCCACCAGCCACCACAGAAGCUCCACCAGUAAAUGUUUCCAGUGCACUAUCCAAUUAUGAAGGAUUAAAUCUGAUACAUAACGAAGAGGAAAAAACAAUCGGGUUCGUAAAUGUGACAGAAAAUGUGGGAGUUUGUUUCACGGCUCAAGAAGGUGGUAUUACCAAAUUAUUGCUGGACUCCAAAACAGGACACGUCUUAAGCUAUACGAGUCUGGAUAAAAUUUUAUUGGUACAGAACGAUGAAUUCAAAGGGGACGUUGUUAGGGCGUUAGAAUUGAUUCUGGUUAAUUAUGUCUACAAGAACAAACCGGUAGAUGGGAAGUCUUCAGAGGCCGAAUCUUCAUCUGAAGAGGCUGUAUCGCUCUGGUCAGAAGUGUAUCUCCAUCUGGGACAUCCUAAAGAGAAGGGAAAGAAAGAUUACCGUAGCCUGAAAUAUUUGCAAAUAUUUGCUAAACGGCUGAAACAUUUGUAUUUAGGUUCUCUCAAAGGUUUGAUCGUUGGAAAGGGGCCAUCUCCUCUGAAACAAAACCUCAAUCGUUUCCUGACAAUAUCUAUAGGACUCCACGAAUUGUUCGGCAAAGCCCCAGGAGGCCUCAAAAAUAUUCUCUCCAGAAAUGUAUCUUUCGAGGUUAAUCCUCUUUUCAACGCCAAGAAUGGAGCUGAGGUUCUAGUUUAUGUUUUGAGACAAACAGGAGCGAAAUUCGAUCUUUCCACCCUAUGGGGGGAUUUAUUGAACGACAUCGAUCAACUUUUAGAUAUAAUUCAAAAACUGGGCGGUGGCGAAAGCAAAAAUGGAGUCGAUGAGACGUUCGCAAUCAUUGCACAUUUCUGGUCAGCCAUUCAUCUGCGUAUUCCAGUAACUGACUUCGUAACUUUUCUUUUUGAAUCAGCUUCGGAAGACAGCUGGAGCCAAGCAGAUGAUGGUGAUUUCAAACAAGUAUUGAAAGAUUUCAAGAAUAUAACUGACCAACAAGCUACAAAAUACGAUAAUACUGUGAAACUGAGUGGAUUCGUUAAAUUCUUCACUAACCUAACAACAAACCAACUGAUUGAGAACAACGUGAAUGUUUCCGAGCUCGUGGAACAAUGGAGAAAGAGGGAUGCAGUGGGUGGUUUGAAAACCAUCAGUCAUCUCACUUUGAACUUAUUCAAUCCGGAAAAAUAUAGUAAUCUUUUCUUCGACAGUUUCACAGCUUUCCUCAAUGCUACGUCAGAUAAAGAUGCGGUGAAAAAAAUCCUGCCUGGCGUUUCUCUGGAUGAUUUCACGGGUAAUAACGGAUCUGUCUUGGAUGCAAUACGUAAAAACUACAAAAUCGAUGAUCAACUGAAAAAUGGAGGGGACCCUUCGCAAGUACUCAGCGGAAUUCCAGUAUUCAAUGAGUUCUCGAAGGUUUAUAAGGAUUCUCUUGGAAGGAAUUUCGAUUUUUCUAAAGUCUUGAAUGGUGGUAGCUUCAGCGAUUACUUAUCAAAGCUACCGAUAGCACAGCCCUUCAAGUGGGGAACUGAUGGAUUUUCGAAAUUCUUCAAGGAAUCUGGAAAUAUCUUCAGUCAUAUCUUUAUAGAUCCAAUCAGACAGUUCUUCCCUAUUCCACAUUUACCUAGUAUGCCUGGUGUGCCUAAUGUGCCUGUACCAUCUGAUUCACCCGUUAUUUCUCCGAGUAUACCAUUUUUACCACCAGGUAUUAUGCCUUCUGGUCCCGUUGCAAAAGAAGUUGUUGAAGUAUCCGCUUCUUCACCAACCCCCAAAACUCCAGAGGAUGAAUCAGACGAGAAUGUGACGGUUGUUAUCCAUGCAUCGAAAAAACCGAGUGAUGAUGGCGAUGAUGAUGACGCCGAAUCGCAUAAAACAAAAAAUCCAACUACUCCUUCCAGCCAAGAAACACAUUUGACCGCUUCCGUCUCCAGCAGCACAUCUGCUGAUGAUUCUGGAGAGGUCAUCAAGAGCAUUCUUUCAACAACCGAGAAGUGCGAUGAUUGCGAGGAAUCUGAUGAGACAAAAUCUACUUCAGCUCGCUCAACAGUUUCUUCAACUGAAAAAAUUGAGUUUAAACAUCAUAACAGACAUCAUGACCACCAAGUGAGAAAACAUCACCAGAAAAAACCUUAUGAGCAGGAUUAUUAUAGACACCAUAACUCUGGAAAUGGAUACGAAAACAAACAUCAUUUAAAAAAUCAUAAAUCACAUGAGGAUAAACAUCGUAAUGAAAGGAAUCAUAAUAACAGAAUUCAGCAUCACAAUGGAGAAAAACGUCAAAAUAUCCACAACGCAAGACACAACAGUGAACAUCAGCGUCAGGAGAAACAUAAUCAAAAGGUUCUUGAUCACCAUUCGGACAAACACCAAGAAAGAAUACAACAUAAAUACGACACCCAACGUUAAUAUCGUAUCAAAGAUUCGUUUUCCUGUAAAACAAUAAAAGAAAUUUUGGUGAAGGUAACAAAAAGAAUAAAUAAGUUGAACUAU